GUGCGUGCGUGUGUGUGUGUGUGUGUGUGUGACCAAAACACAACUCCGAUCCACGGGGCUAGAUCCCCGUAGUUCAUCAACAAACGCUUCGGCCCCUCUUCCUCUCGUGAACGAGCACCGUGGCGGCACAGUUUUGCUUUGGACACUGCAACAACCAACACCAACCAACUCCUUUGGGGGAACAAAACUGUUCAGAUCAAAGUUGCUGCAGUUUUGGCAUCCGUUAUUAAUUCAAUCAGCCGCAGCCGAGACGUAGCCGCAACAGCUGAGAGCAGCAGCAACCAGCAGAGACCAAGUAUCGCAACUAGUGAGAGAGAGACAGAGAUCCAGAGCAAGCGCCACAGAGAGAGCUAGAAAGAGAGGGAGUCAAAGUCAAAGCGGGAGAGAGUGCUGUGCUUCUUACACGAAAGCUAAGCGAAGCGUUCUCCCCACACCGCACACCGGCAUAUACGAUAUACGGCGUACGACAACGCCGUGUCUUCGCUUGUUCAUUCAUUCGUUCGCUCGUUCGUUGGUUCGUUCGUAUAAAAAUAGCAACGCCUUAAACGAUCUCAUCAACAUCAUCAGCAUCAGCCGCAUCGGGACCCAUCCGUAGCAGUAUCAGCAUACGACGGCGCAGCAUUCCGCUUGAGGAUUUGACGCAUCGGCCCAGCUGCUGUUGCCCCACGUAAGAGUAGAGGGAGGUUAGAGGCAGCCGACAAACACCGACAAAAUUUCACUGGAUCUAAUGGCCAAGGAUGAGGAAGAUGAUCUGCUGCCCGACAAGGAUGCAGCCAAGGGCUUUUAUGCCAAAUACGAGCCCAAAGAGAUCCUGGGCAGGGGCAUCAGUUCCACGGUGCGCCGCUGCAUCGAGAAGGAGACGGGCAAAGAGUUUGCGGCCAAGAUCAUCGAUCUGGGCGCCACAACUGAGGCGGGUGAGACGAAUCCAUAUCAUAUGCUCGAAGCAACCCGACAGGAAAUCUCCAUACUACGCCAGGUCAUGGGACAUCCCUAUAUAAUUGACCUGCAGGACGUGUUUGAGUCAGAUGCAUUUGUUUUCCUCGUAUUUGAGCUGUGCCCCAAAGGCGAGCUCUUCGACUAUCUGACCUCGGUGGUGACGCUCUCCGAGAAGAAGACGCGCACCAUCAUGCGGCAAAUAUUCGAAGGCGUCGAAUAUAUCCACGCGAAAAGCAUUGUGCAUCGCGACCUCAAGCCGGAAAACAUUCUGCUGGACGAGAAUCACAAUGUGAAAAUCACUGACUUUGGCUUCGCCCGACAGCUGCAGGAGGGCGAGAAACUUACAGAUCUGUGCGGCACGCCGGGCUACUUGGCACCGGAGACGCUCAAGUGCAACAUGUUUGAGGGCUCUCCCGGAUAUUCCCAGGAAGUGGACAUUUGGGCCUGUGGCGUGAUCAUGUUCACGCUGCUCGUCGGCUGUCCACCCUUCUGGCACCGCAAACAGAUGGUGAUGCUGCGCAACAUAAUGGAGGGAAAAUACAGUUUCACCUCGCCGGAGUGGGCCGAUAUUUCUGAGGAUCCCAAGGAUCUGAUACGCAAAUGUCUAGUCGUUGAUCCUGCGCAACGUAUCACCGUCACGGAAGUAUUAAGACAUCCAUUCUUCAACCAAAUGCUGUUCGAGCAAAACAUUGAUGGCCUCAAGCGCAGCCUGUCGACCAAGUCCAGAAGAAUGAGUCGCAUCACCGAAAUCGCACUGGUUCUGAUGGGUGAUCUGACCACGGCACGGCCACCGCCCACGUCCGCCUAUGCCCCGGGCCGAUACCAGAAUAUUGCUGCUUCUGCAUCUGCCAGUGCCAGUGCUGAUGCCGGUCCCGCUGCGUUCCGCUACGACCGAAUCAACAGCAAUGGUGGCGGCGGCAGUGGCCCCAAUCCCUGCGGCUCCUCCUACCUCUACUACAGUGCGCCACAGAGCUCGUAUUCAUCGAAUCGAUUGAGGGAUGUGCUGCCGCCCCCCGAUCUGGAUGACCCCUCCUCGUCGUGUACCUCUGCCUCCUGUUACAAGACCCUAACGGCAACGGUAUACUAUCAGCAGCAGCCGCAGCAACAGCAGCAACAUCAGCAGCAGCAGCAACAUCAGCAUCAGCAGACGGCGCGGGCAAUAGCCGGAAAUAAUUAUGAAAGUGCCGCGCAGCAGCAGCAUUUAUUGCAUGCACAAGUGCAGCUUCGCAAACAGAGUCGCUUCAAUGCGCGCAAAAAGUUCCAAUUCGCCAUAUUAGUGAUACGCGCUGUCAUUAGGAUACGCCGACUGCGAUUCACCGCCGAGCCGCUGCACGUUGAGGAGGCCAUACGCGAUCCCUAUCGCGUCAAGGUGCUGCGCAAGGUUAUCGAUGGAUGCGCCUUCCGUGUUUACGGUCAUUGGGUGAAGAAGGGCGAGGGCCAGAACCGCGCCGCUCUCUUUGAGAAUACUCCGCGCACCGAGCUGCACGCCCUCUACAUUAACAAUCUCAGUCGAUAGAAGGAGUAGGAGGAGGAGGAGGAGGCAGAGGCAGAAGCAGAAGCAGAGGAGAAGACAAACACACACACUAGCAAACGAAUCAGUAAAAUCUUAGUAGCCACUAAGCAUCAGAGAGGAAGGAAAUUUAUAAGCAAAGAAAGAAAAAAAAAAACAAACAAACAAACACCAAAUGAACUCAACUAAAUACGCCGCAAC